UUCUCUAUUAAAUUUAUUAUGUCACGUCGAGCAACUAUCAAACCACCAGAGAGAGGAGAGUCGACUGCGACUUCUGAAUCUUCCAUACCUAAAUUAAGAAGCCUUGCUAUUGUGGCACCAACCUUGCACAAACCUUUUUCAAAUUGUUCCUACUACCCUGACCGUGACCGUCGAUCCCCAAUUCGUCAUCGUCGUCAUCGCCGAACACCCGGUCGCACCAUCCACCACCGUCGUCGAACGCCUCGCAGCCCUGUUCCCGCUAAUAAACACCAUCGUCAGAAAUCUCCAAAACCCCCACCGCCGCCGUCAAAACCCCCAUCUCCUUUGCCUCCACCACCUCCUCCACCCGAACUCCCCCCAAUCAAAUCACCAAUUAAAAUUGAUGCCGAGCUUUGGACAACCAUCCCAGAAAAAACCAGGGCCAUCAUAAAACAAUUGGAAAAGAAUUUACAGCAAGUAAACGCAAAUAUGAUUGGCCUGGUGGCGAUUAACACUUUAGAGGGUUUGGCGUCGAAUCCAACAGCCCAGCAAUAUCUUGAACAGCUAGUACAAAAAAUUUCAGCAUUACAUCCUACCACUAAACAAUUAGAAGAAUUUCUCCCUCACCAGAAAGAUGACGGCAAUACGACUAAACUGUUCAGGGAGGCGUUUGGCAUGAAUUUGAAACUCAAGUCGGCUGGUGGCGGGAAUGUCGAGAAAACGACAAAGAAGGGGGAAAAAUAA